UUUCGCAAACACUGAUAAAGGGACAUAACUCUCUUCAGUUUUAUUUUUCCUGUUAAAAUUCAUUCCUCUUCUUCGACCCGAGUAAUACUAAUAAACUAAUAAUAUAUUAGAGUUCUAUCGCAUAUAAUACAUAAUGAUGACCGUUCCAGAUGGAUAUGCUACUGAACCACAGAUAGACUAUAAAGUCAAAUACAAAGCCUUAAAGAAAAAAUUCAGACUUCUUGUUUAUGAACAUGAAUGUUUUUUAGAAGAAUUGAGAAAAGCACAAAGAAAGUUAUUAAAAGUAGCAAGGGAUAGAAGUUUUCUAUUAGAUCGUUUAAUUCAAUAUGAGAAAGUAGAAGAAUCAUCAGGUGAUUCAGAUGCUACAGCUUCAAGUGAUAGUGAUGGUGAAGGCCAUAAAGAUGGAAGUCUAAGUAAAAAAAGAAAAUUAAACUCAGGAACUAUAUCAGUACCACCAGAAUAUGCUCAUCUUGUAUCUGCUGCUGCACUAAGUGGUGUCUUACAUGGGGGAGGGUCAUCCAAUCAAGAUUCUUCUAAAAAAAGAAGUAAGUCAUCCAAUAAAAGGUCAAAAGGUGGUGGAGGACAUCUAAAGGGAGGUAAACAGCCAGGUCAAAUGACAAGAGAGGAAUUAGAGCGUCACCUAGAUUCCCGACAGUCAUCGUUUGGUUUAGAGAAAGCACCUGCCAAUUUACCUAUGGACAUCUUUAACAACGACAAUUCUAACCCAGAUAGUGAUCUAGGUCUGCUGAUAGGGGAAGAUGAUGAUGAUUUAGUUAUAGAUGUACCCCAGUGAUCAUACUAACAGUAUAUAUAGUGUUAAAAGCUAUAAAGCAAACAUAACAAUAUACAUGUAGUGUCUAGUACAUUAUAAAGGCAUUGAGUUGAAAAAGAAAUGAAUACAUCAAUGCAAAAAAUUGAUUUUGCAUGUGUACAUUAAUGACAAAGUUACUUUCAGGGAGUUGCCUGUGGAAUUAAUGUAGAAUAAAAAAAAAUUCUAAGACUACGAAAAACAUGUCUAUAGAUCUGAUAUUUUAAAUA